CGCCCAGUCGGCCGCAAACAUGGCAGCGGCCGCUCGGGGGCUCCGCGCUGCGGGGAUGGCUUUGACGGCGGUGAGGGAAGGUCACAGGAAUAAAUAGGACAGGGGCACCAACAACCCGCUUCUCCUCCCUUUUCCUCCCCCCCCUCCCUUUCUCCACCUUGCCAUCCCCUGAGAAUGUGGAAACUCAACAAGAGCGGCAAAGUUCUCCUGGACGAUUCACUGGAGGAGGAAGAGAGCCAUUUGCACAAUUCACCACCUUCACCUUCACCAGCAGCCACCUUCUCAACUCAGGUUCAAGGAGCAGGUUUUCGGGGCUGGAAAGAAGUAACCUCUAUAUUCAAUAAGGAUGAUGAACAGCAGUUGCUAACAGGAUGUAAAUCUCCAAAAUCCAAAGGAACAAGUUUAAAAUUAAAAGAGGACAUGAAGUCAGAAAAGAAACCUGGAUUUUGGGACAAUUUGGUGAUCAAACAGAACAUCCAGUCAAGGAAACCAGACGAAAUUGAAGGAUGGGAGCCUCCACAGAUCCCUGCCAGUGAUUCCUGCCACGUUAGUGAUGCAGGAAAUACUUUAACUGACUAUUCAUCUUGGUCAGGCUGGGAAGAUGAAACCAAAGGCUCCACAAAAUAUACAAACCUGGCGAGUUCGUCUAAUAGUUCAAAGUGGAGUAUCAAAUCUGCAGGACGAUUGGUUAGUAUUAGGCGACAGAGCAAAGGUAAUCUGACUGAUAACUGGGAAGAACUAGAAUGAUACACAGAAUGUGUAAUUUUCCAUACAUAUGCGAUGGGUGAUGUGAUUUAUGUAUGUCUUCAAACCAAAAUCAAAUCUGCUUAAUAUUGCACCUUUUUACAGAGCUGUUGUCCACCUUACUAUAAAUGUCCUUGUACUUUGGUUUUCCACAUUGAACAAAGCACCUGAUUUGUGCCUCUGUUUCACUCAGUUGUACUGGAUAGUAUCUUGGUUUGUUCUUU